UGUGUCCGGACCAGUUUAUUUCUCUUUCCCACCGUCCGCCUACAGUCCAUCUUGGGUGGCCCGUCAGUCUUGGAGGGCGAAAGUGGACAGAUGAGCGGCGCCAUGCGCUCGGAUCCGAAGGGCAUCUCGUGUCCGUUCCAGAACCAGAACUGUACGUGCAUCGUGGAGACUCUCUCCUCCUGGAACGACACGGGGGUCAAUGAGUACCGGAUGGUGGACCUGCCGUCUGUUACCACCUCUGUGGCCAUGGUGCACGAGGCCCCUCGUCACCCCUUCCCCACUGUGGAUGUACCUGACCACGCCCAUUAUACUAUAGGGGCCGUCAUCCUGGCUAUCGGCAUCACCGGCAUGGUGGGCAACUUCCUGGUUAUCUAUGCCUUCAGCAGGAGCAGGUCACUGAGGACUCCAGCCAACAUGUUCAUCAUUAACCUGGCCAUCACUGACUUCAUGAUGUGCAUCACACAGGCACCCAUCUUCUUCACCAACUCCAUGCACAGGAGAUGGAUCUUCUGGGAGAAAGGCUGUGAGCUCUAUGCAUUCUGCGGGGCUCUAUUUGGGAUCUGCUCUAUGAUCACUCUGACGGUGAUAGCAGUGGACCGCUACUUUGUGAUCACGCGUCCGUUGUCCUCCAUUGGGGUGCUCUCCAAGAAACGAGCCCUGCUCGUCCUCAUGGCUGCCUGGGCCUAUUCACUGGGGUGGAGCCUGCCCCCUUUCUUCGGCUGGAGUGCCUAUGUUCCAGAGGGUCUGUUGACCUCCUGUACAUGGGACUAUGUGACCUUUACCCCGUCCGUGCGUGCCUACACCAUGCUGCUCUUCACCUUUGUCUUCUUCAUCCCCCUGAUCGUCAUCAUGUACUGCUACUUCUUCAUCUUCAGAGCCAUACGUACAACUAACAAGGCUGUAACUAAGAUCAACGGCACUGCGAGUACCAGAGACUCCAUUAAGAGUUUCCAUCGGCUGAAGAAUGAGUGGAAGAUGGCUGAGAUCGCUCUUAUUGUCAUCCUCCUCUAUGUCAUCUCUUGGUCCCCCUACUCUGCUGUUGCCCUGACCGCAUUUUCAGGGUAUACAGAUUUUCUGACCCCCUACAUGAACUCAGUGCCUGCUGUGAUCGCCAAGGCUUCAGCCAUUCACAACCCCAUCAUCUAUGCCAUCACCCACCCCAAGUACAGGAUGGCCAUAGCCAAGUACAUCCCAUGCCUGGGGUUUUUGCUGUGUGUACGUAGACGCGACCUGCAAUCCACCAACAGCAGCUUCAUGUCCACCCGGCGAUCCACUGUCACCAGCCAGACCUCCGACAUCGGCGACCGCUUACACCGCACCAGCACUGUCAAGUCCCGCCUCUCUUCUGCCUCCGACAGCGAAUCGGUAUGAAUAAAUACAUUGUCACAUGUGUGACAAUGUACCGAAUGUGUGGAGGAUAUUUUGGGCUCUAGAGGCAGAACAGUGUGAAUGCGUUGUCUAACACAGUAAAGGUCAGUAAGUAAGCCAAUUUAGGGUUUAAAAAAUUCCCACUUGAACUUAUGUGCUCAUCUCCCAACAUCAAUACACAUUAAUGCCACCAAUGAUACUUAACAUUCAGUGCCUCUACCUGAGAAGCACCUAAUCAAACAGUAACACACUUGCUGUACUGUAAUGCAAAAAGAUUCGUAGGAGAAUUAGGCAAGAACUAAGUACACAUUUCCAUCAUAAAGGAUUCUUCUGUGUAGUCCGCCACAAAUCUAUUAAACCAACUAUUGGCCUGGAAAGCACCCCUGGAUUUGUGUCAGCCAAUCGCAUGGCUCCUAAAUUAAUCUGGCACCUUGUUACAGACAGGAUGGUAAGAUGAAUCCACAGCAGAAGGGUCACUCCAGGGAGGAAGCUUUAGGAGGGCUUUGCUGUACCAUAGACGUCUAAUCCAAUUUUGACAUUUUUGAAACGUGUUCAUCUUUACGGCGUCUUUCAGUGUUACUAUUUCAAAUGUGAUGUCACCUGCUAAAGCAGUGUUUUA